CCGCCCUGCCCUUCGGCGGCCGUUCCGUGGCGGGAACCUGGGCGACCGUGGUGACGGUGACUACUGGCGAAGUAACCAUGCAGGCUUUUCUAAAAGGCACAUCUGUCAGUACUAAACCGCCACCGAAGGAUCGAGUAGCUGCCACAGCUGGAAGCAGUGGAGAGAACAAGAAAGCCAAACCUGUUCCAUGGGUGGAAAAAUAUCGCCCAAAAUGUGUGGAUGAAGUUGCUUUCCAGGAAGAAGUGGUUGCAGUACUGAAGAAGUCUUUAGAAGGAGCUGAUCUCCCUAAUCUCCUAUUUUAUGGGCCACCCGGAACUGGAAAAACAUCCACUAUCCUGGCAGCAGCUAGGGAGCUUUUUGGGCCUGAACUGUUUCGAUUGCGAGUUCUUGAAUUAAAUGCAUCUGAUGAACGUGGAAUACAAGUAGUUAGGGAAAAAGUGAAGAAUUUUGCUCAAUUAACUGUGUCAGGAAGUCGUUCAGAUGGGAAGCCAUGUCCUCCUUUUAAGAUUGUGAUCCUGGAUGAAGCCGAUUCUAUGACCUCAGCUGCUCAGGCAGCUUUACGACGUACCAUGGAGAAGGAGUCUAAAACCACCCGGUUCUGUCUCAUCUGUAACUAUGUCAGUCGAAUAAUUGAACCUCUGACCUCUAGAUGUUCUAAAUUCCGCUUCAAACCACUAUCAGACAAAAUUCAACAGCAGCGAUUAUUAGACAUUGCUGAUAAAGAACAUGUCAAAAUUAGCAAUGAGGGAAUAGCUUAUCUUGUUAAAGUGUCAGAAGGAGACUUAAGAAAAGCUAUUACAUUUCUCCAAAGCGCUACUCGAUUAACAGGUGGAAAGGAGAUCACAGAGAAGGUGAUCACAGACAUUGCUGGGGUAAUACCAGCUGAGACAAUCGAUGGACUAUUUGCUUCAUGUCAGAGUGGCUCUUUUGACAAAUUAGAAGGUGCAGUAAAAAAUUUAGUAGAUGAGGGCCAUGCAGCAACUCAAUUUGUCAAUCAACUUCAUGAUGUGGUUGUAGAAAAUGAGAACCUUACCGACAAACAGAAAUCCAUCAUCACAGAAAAACUUGCUGAAGUAGAUAAGUGCUUAGUGGACGGUGCUGAUGAACAUCUACAACUGAUCAGCCUCUGUGCUACUGUGAUGCAGCAGUUAAUUCAGAAUUGCUGAAAUGUUUGUAAGAUAACUUUUAAAUAAAAUGACCAUAAACACCUUUAAA